UGGCCAAAACAAGAAGCCAAACGAACAAGGCAGCGAAAACAGCUGUCAAAGCUUCAACAUCAACAGCAAUCGCGCCAAAAACGGGUACAAAACCAAAAGGAAGACAAAUCCUGAAAUCGUGUUCGGUUUCUCUUCCAAUUUUAUCCGAAAGCAAAUCGACCAGUUCGUCUGAAUCGACUGUUUCGCCUCGUCCGUCCACAAGUCGUUCUCAUUCUAAACAUCGUGGCCAUGCUUCAUCGCGUUCUCGGUCAUUGUCGCGUCAUAAACGACACAAGUCUCGCUCUCGCGCUCGUUCUCCAAGUACUACAAGUAGUACAACAUCAGACUCUGAUUACCAUUCACGUCGAUCCCGAUCCCGAUCACGAAAUCACCGCGUUCAUCGUCGUCGGCAUUAUUCAUCGUCCAUCUCACCGGUUCGCUCACGCCAUUACCGCAAAAAGUCCUCCCGUUAUCAACGUCGUCAUCGUAGUUCGUCAACGGAUCGUUCUUCUUCAUCAUCGGAUCGAUCUCGUUCACAUCAUCGUCGGCAUAAGACCCAUCGUCCUAAUGAGACUAGUCGUCAUCAUAAGAAAUCGGAUAGCGAUGAUUCACCAGUCAAGCGGACAUCUCGCAAACAAUCUUCAGUUGCUAAUGUGGCACCCGCAAAAUCCGGAAAACGUGUUCGUUCAAAAUCGCGUGUUGGCGAUGAGGCUGGAAAUGUUUCUGGCGGCUCUACUCCAAUACCAGCAAAACGUGGCCGUCGUAGUGGUAAUGCUGGAAAUGUUUCUGUUGGUUCUACUCCAAAACAACCUGUAAAACGUGGCCGUGCCAAAUCGGUUUUUGUUGACAAUGCUGAAAGUGUUGGUUCUACUCUGGUGUUGGACGAUACUGGAACUAAUAUCAUCAGUUCUACACCAAUCGCAAGUCGACGCAGCCGCGCAAAAUCAAUGGAUGGUUACGUUGGAAAAACUGUUCCAUGGCUACCCAAACAGAUUCAAUUCAGUGGAAAGAAUGACACUUUGCGUGCUCCAAAUCAGGUCGCUCAAAAGCCAAUCCCAAAGCUGUUGCCUAUUGGCAUCGCAUCUACCAGUAAAGAUGUAUCGAAUCAGCCAUCCAACAAUCAAAAUCUUCCUCAAGAGACUGGCGAUAAUGUUGAAGCUGAUGACAUGCUUGAAACUCAAAUCAGGUUGAAUACGAAAACAAUGGAAGACGUUGCCAAUUUGCAAAAGCAAAUGGACCAGACAAUAAAAGAAC